UGCACAUGUAGUGGCAUUUCGUAAAUUUGUAGAAUUGCAGGUGAAGCAUUGACGUCAAACCUUGACAGUUGUACUUUCCCUGUCAUUCGACGACUUCAAAAAUCGUGUGACGUCGCCAAACUUUUAGAAUUCUUCUAUUUUUAACCUCGACUUCGACUUCCGCUUCAUCUUCAGAUCUCAACAUUCUUCAAAUACGCCGGAUCAUAUGGCGGUCGAUCCCCGUGCCAUAAAUCCGUGGGCUUCGCAAGAGACGUUAAUAUCCUUGCUCCAUUUAGAUCCUGCGCCGAUAGACAAUGCAUCUGUCUACGACAAGGAACUUCCACCUCUGCCCGAAGAAGCGUCGCAAUCCUCGGAUCCAAGUUUAAAAUCUUCACCUCCAGGUUCAACUUCUAGUUUGGGACUAAGCGGGAGUGGACGAGGCCCGAUAUAUUACUUAUUACGAGUCCAGCGCUAUUCAUCCUAUACCUUCUCCUUGUUCGCCGGUCUCCAUGUCGCCAAUACGUCGAUAUUCCCUCUCAUAUAUCAAUCCGUCCCGUACUCCGAGCCAUUCCUUCUUAUGGCGCGCGAGCUUUACCAGACGCCCGUUACCGAAUCUCUACUCGUUGGCCUCCCCGUCGUUGCCCACAUCACUUCGGGUAUCGCAAUACGACUACUUCGUCGGCGACAGAACCUGAAACGUUAUGGUGGAGCAACACCUGGUGUUUGGCCAGUUCAUCACUCAGAUCCAUCGUUAAAUCGCAAACCUACUAUAAGGAUAUGGCCUCCUGUAACCUACAUCUCUAUAUCCGGUUACGCCUUCGUCGGGCUGCUCGCCUCACAUGUGGUUAUGAACCGCGUGUUGCCCCUAGUUAUAGACGGCGAUAGCUCUAAUAUUGGACUCCAGUUUGUAUCGCACGGCUUUGCUCGGCAACCGAUACCGCCGUGGAUCGCUUACACCCUACUCCUGUCUGUUGGCGUGGGUCAUAUGGUUUGGGGAUGGGCUAAGUGGCUUGAUCUUGCACCUCCUGCUAACUGGAAGAAGAUAACCGUAGACAGGCAGAUGCGGAAGAGGAGGCGGCGCGCCUGGUGGAGCGUCCAAGGUGUCGCCGUUGGGCUCGCAGCGUUAUGGGCUGCUGGCGGGUUGGGAGUCGUGGCGAUGGCUGGGCCUGCCGAAGGCUGGCUUGCUACUGUCUACGAUAAUAUCUAUAGCGCCGUGGGGCACUAGAUAGACGUCUUACGGUUUGUAAGUGUGUAUAUACUCUUGCAUAGGUAUGUGACAGCAUGCUGGAUUGGCAUUAGCCAGUAUCUACUAUGUAGGUAGGAUUCGAAUUCUCCAGCCUUGAAUAAGAAAAAAUCCAACUCAACUAGUAAAUUAUCACUCCUUAUUUUUCGCAA